UGAGCAACAACCGCGACUUUCAAUUUCCCUUCAAUUGCUCCUAAUGAUUUCUCAAUGGCAUGGCGGACUCAGCCGACGGAGAUGACUUCUUCUCCGAUGAUGGGCUAGAUGAGUUAGCUCCUGACGCGUUAGAUGAAAUCGAGAACAAUGCAAUACGCCAUACACAAUACCAAGCUACCCAGGCUCUGACACUGCCUCCGUCGUCUGACUAUGGAGAUGACCUCGAUGAUGAGGACCUCGAUGAUGCUGUAGUGUUUGAUGCGGCGCAGGUUGACCCAACGAACCGGUUAACGCAAUUCCAGUCGUCUGUUGCUAUUCAACAAGCUCGCCAGUUCCAAGCACAACGACCCAGUAGGAGUGAAACAGCACAACCUCUCUCAGAUAGAAGCAAAAUACAGCCUCCAAAUAAACCUCUUUACAAAAACCCUCUCCCAACUUCUAGAAGUGUCACAGCUGGGCAAAGCACUCAACCAGACUCUGGUCGCAGCAACCAGUCAUACCAGAAUGUGGCAUCUCCGGAAGCGGACGUUGAAACUCUGCGCAAGAAACUUGAGGCGUUGCAACAAGAAAAAGACCAGCUGAGGCAAGACCUACUAGCCAGGACAGGCGAAAUAAGUAUUGUGCGAAGCAAGCAAGAAAGACAAGUCAAAGAGCACGAGCGAGAAUUGACUGCCCUUCGAAAAUUAAACGCCGAAAACUCAACCAAGAACCAAAAGGCCAUUGAAGCAGCAAAAGAUGCGGAAAAGACCAGAGCCACCGAACUAGAAUUUGCGAAGAGAGAUCUCUUCGAAGAAUCAGAAAAAGUUCGAAGUCUGAUACGACAGAAGGAGAAAGUAGCGCUAGGGAUAGAAGUUACAACACCAAAAAAAGACAAGACAUCUGCAUUUAGAGACGGCUUCGACGACGAUGAGAUAAGAUCUCCUUCUAAAUUUAACGACAGGAAAUCGAAUCAGAGUUCACCGAGGAAACCUGGCGCCAAAAGGAAGAGAAAGGGUCAGGAAAGCCCUGCUCCACCGCUAGAUGUUGCGCCAGGAGAGACAGCUACAAACCGGGACGGCCAAACUGAUAGUUUGGUACCCGGCGAUGCUCUUUCGGAAAGGCUUGGUAAACCCGAUGAUAGUCUUGACUUCCUCAAAACUGUCUUGGAUCACAAGAUUGACCGAAACCAUCUGAAGACCAUUGAAGAGCUUACAAAGUUUCCAUUCCCGUCCGCCCCUGAUGAGUCUUUGACGUCCUUGAUUUUGGGCAAGCUUCCAACUUUGAGCACCAAUUCGCCCAGUACGGACUUUCCCAUAGAGCUUUGUGAGCUCAUUAUUUCUCUGUGGUCUCGCUGCUUGACCGAAAAGUAUUACAAGCCUAUCUUUCUCCUUCUCGAUCUUCUUUCCUUCGCCCUAGAACUGCGCACAGUGGCCAUUGCUCCAUUCAUCCUCGACGCCCUACUACCCACCGCUCAAGAAACAGCGGUCCUAAUUGCUCUUCCCCGUUUCCGGCAGGAAUCAUACUCCAAAUACGAAGCUGAUAUCGACCUACACGCUUGUCUUGUAACCAUACACCUAGCUGCCCUCGGCUGCAUAUGCAACAAAGAAUAUACUACUCGGUUUUGGCGCCAGAUGCGUCUCGACUUUGUCCUCAUGACACUGAGCCAACACCAGCCCGUGGAAGACUUUGACAUGAUGCUUCAACUCCUCGCCAUGAGCGUGCUGAAAGACUCAAUUGGUCCCAUCUCCGUCGAACCUGACUCGCAGCCUGACCAAAUGAAGUAUAUUCUCGACCGCGUCGGUUAUCUCCUUGGAAACAACCCUGUCGCGUCAGAAGGCAAACCAAAGUGCGAUGCCAAGACGCUGGCGAAACUGCGCUCACAGAUUCUAACAACACUUAUCUCAUUCUCGUAUUCAACCAUUGGUUCUGCCGCUCUCGCAGAUCACCCCCUUGCGAUCGGUCGCAUCGUCAAAGCGCUGUCGGGCUCAAUGGACGCUCUAUACUCAUAUCCCUCGUUCCAUGUCACCCUCACUCAAAUCAUUACCAAGUCCAUCCGUCUCCUUUAUUAUCUGUUCAAGAGACAUCCGGAAAUCGACAUGCAGCAGAAACUAUCGGUGGUGCAUGGAGGCAGUCAAAAGUAUCUUAUUGCUCUAGCACGACUAAAUUAUACCGCGGGUGAGCAUGGUGUCCUAGAGUACGGAAUAGGCGAAGACACAUCUCAACAGGCGCACGAACUACUUGAGAAUGCAUUGACGCCUGAGGAGGGCGAGGCGGUCCACGAUGCGUUUGUAGAUGCAUAGGGUACGAAAGAUGGCAUUCGAAAUGGCGCUUUGGAGGGUGGGUUUGAGGAGUUUUGGCGAUGUGUGGCUUGGAUAUGGGUGAAAUUUGGUGGAUUCACUGGUUCGGCGUUUUGGUUUAUAAAGGGGUAAUUAUCAACUUAGAGUUACGAUCUCUAAAUAAAAAUACAUAAAAAUACAUCAGGC